AAAUUGUAAUUUUUAAAAUUAAUAAAUUUAGCAUGUUACUUUCAAAGUUAUCCUGUUUGUAUGUCCUCCCCUUCUCUUUCUUCCCAUUCUCUCCUCCUGUCCUCCCUCCCUUCUUCUUCUCCUCUCUCCUCCCCUCUGUUCCUCUCUUUUCCUCUCCUCUCUUCUCUUUUUCUCUAUUCUGUUUUUGGUCAUUAAGGUUACUUAUUAGUAAGUGUCUAAUACAGCAUUUGAGCUCAGGUCUUCCCUUCUUAGGAAGGGGUCUACUGGGUGGGGCAAAAAUGUGAAAAUGGUUAGCAAAAGAAAUAUAUUUCAAUGUGAGAGAGGUAGAUGGCACCAGGCGAAACAAUCUGACCAGAAGGUAAAGAUGUGGAAUAGAGGUGUGCUCCUCACUGUAUCCCUUUACUUUAAUUGCUGUUUGUCUUUUUCCAAGGCUAUUUGUGAGUUAUGAAGUAUAGGCCACAGCAAUGAAAUGGCACUUCUCUGUGAAAAAAAAAUAGGCAUUCAAAUUAUCCUGCCUAUCUUGAGCAAAGCACCAGUUUCCCACCAAGUUAAGAUUCUCUCUUUAAGGUUCCUACCAGGCACAGCGAUCCCUAGUACAAUGGAACUUGUUCAACGUUGGUGUGGCAACAAAUGAUUUGCAGUUGCUGAAAAGGUAAUAGAUUCCUAAACAUUAAUAUCUAUUUCCUAAUAAAUUUCAAACCUUAGGAUCAUUAAUUAGAAUUGGAAGAGACUUUGGGAGUCAUUUAAUUCAACUCCCCAAUUUUUAUAAUAAAGGAAAAUUAAAGUGACUUGGUCACAUGGGUAAAAAGUGAGUUAGAAGAUGAACCAGGUUCAGACUUCACAUCCAGUGAUUAUCUACUAGACCUUCAUUAAGCAAAUGAAUUUAGAUGGAUAAGUGCUUAACAAAUACUAUUCAUUCAUCCAUCUAUUGUUUACUUGGCAUAACUGGAAUCAGUCCUUUGCUUUUUCAUAGUGCUUGUAAGGGCUAUCAUCUGAGAUUACUGUUAAUUAAUUUUUUGGCUUUUGAAGAAUGAUCAGCUGUUUAACAGGCCUAAAUGUGCUUUGGAUUUAGGUUUGGGAGGUUUUAUAUUACUUUGUAUCUUUAGAAAACAAUGUUUAUCUAUUGUUCUUUUUGUCAAGUGUUGAUUUGUUAAUGAUAGCUGGUACUUUUUAUUCCAUAAACACAACCUACACAUAUUUAAUCAGAAGUUGCUGAUACCAAUUUUGUUAAACCAUGCCCUUUUUUCCCCUCUCUUUUUCUCUUUUCCUCUGCUAAUGUUUUGACUAGUUUUCUCUGUUUGUUAGUACAUUCUCCAUGCCUGGCAUCUUUCCCCCAUCAGAGAGGAGGGAUGCUAAUCUAUCAAAUAUUGCUUCUGAUUAGAAUCACUGAGCGAUGGUCAUAGUGUUUCCAUUUUAGCAUCAGCAUUGAUGGGAAAAUAAGAAACUUUAAAAGAGGUAGAGUAGAUGAGGACCACUUUUUUAAAGGAUUAAGGACUCCUGGUAAUAAAAUUAGAGAUGUUUAGAUAAGGUUUAAAAAUGGUGAUAAGAUUAUUUAAAAUCUUAUUUGAUAUAAGAAACCAACACAGGAGAGGAGUUUGAAGCCAAUAGCUAAAAUGAAGUUGAAGGAUUAUCAAUAGAUUUUAUUUAUCCCUAUUAUCCUUGGGCCCUAGAUGCAUCUUGGCUGCUGUGAUUGCCUCCUCUAUCUUCAGAUUGGUCUUUCACCAGCUUUUCUCUUUGUGUAAGUUUUCCUCAGGGGGCCAAAUUAAUUUUGCUAAUGAAGCAACAAGAUUAUAUGUAUGAUAGCUUAAAGGACUUAGAAGCAAGAAGAACAACUGUGAUGUUGGAAAUUAGGUCAAGGAGAGCCAGUGUACUACUAUUAAUAAGGUACAUGGUGCCUUCACAAUUAUUUGCUUAUAACUAAUGCUAGUGUGGCAAUGGGCUUUUGGAAGCAACCACAAAGCAUUUUGCUGACAUGUAACCUUCUCAUUUCCAAGAAGUUUAUUUAAAAUUGGACAAACAAGGCCUUUCCAACUCUUGCUAGUUCUGAGGGGAAAAAAUGAGUUUUGCAGAGGACCUUGACUAUGACCUUUUCAAUGAAUACAUAAAUGGCUUCAUGAUCUCCAAGGUUAUGUUCACUGCCUGUGAAUUGGGAGUAUUUGAUCUCUUGGAAUCUGAAGGGUUCCUGACCUUCGAUGUCAUUGCUGAACGCUUAGGUACCAAUUCCCAAGGAAUAGAACAAUUACUUGAUAUCUGUGCGACCUUGAAACUUCUGAACGUGGAAAUGAAGAAAGAAAAAGCUUUAUAUCAAAACACAAAACUUGCCUCCUUGUAUCUCACCAAGUCUGGCCCUAAAACUCAGUACAACAUGUUACUUUAUAUGUCCAAAACUACUUACUCAUGCUGGAAUCAUUUAACUGAAGCCAUAAGGGAAGGAAAAAAUCAAUAUAUGAGGACAUUUGGUAUCCCAUCAGAUGAUCUUUUUGAAGCUAUCUACAGGUCAGAGGAAGAACUGAUAAAAUUCAUGCAUGGCCUGCAUGAGAUUUGGAGUAUAAAUGGCAGAUAUGUGAUUACUGCAUUUGAUCUUUCCUCCUUCCCUCUCAUUUAUGAUCUUGGCGGUUGUUCAGGUGCCCUAGCCAAGGAAUGUAUCACCAUAUAUCCUGAAUGCCAAGUGACAAUAUUUGAAAAGGAAGAAGUGGUACAAGUGGCAAAGAAGCAUUUUUCAUUCCUAGAAAAUCCCCGGAUCCGUUUCCACAUAGGGGAUUUUUUCAGAGAUCCCAUUCCUGAAGCUGAUCUGUAUAUUUUGGCCAGGAUCCUUCAUGAUUGGGCAGAUAAUAAAUGCAUACAAUUGCUAAAAAACAUCCACCAUGCCUGUAGACCAGGCUGUGGUGUUUUAGUAGUUGAAACCCUUUUGGCUGAAGAUAAAAGGGGACCUUUGACAAGUCAGCUAUAUUCUUUGAACAUGUUGGUACAGACUGAAGGAAAGGAAAGAACUCCAACAGAGUACCACAAGAUCCUCACUCAGGCUGGUUUUCAAAAUUUUCAGUUCAAGAAAACUGGAAAAAUAUAUGAUGCAAUUUUAGCCAGGAAAUAAUUAUUUCCUAUCCCACAACUAUUAAUAUAAAAAAUAAUUUGAUUAGUCUUAGUGAACAUACAAUAUAAUCUACAAACUACUUAGUGAAUAAUGGCAAGUCACUCUAGGAAUCAAAUUCUUCCUUCCAAAAUGAAAGAAUAUCAUAUAGUAUUCUUAUAUGAUAGAUUCUCAGAGUUGGAAGAGAAGAUAGAUGUCAUCUAGAUCAAUCCUUACCUGGAGAAUGGAAAGCACCAUUCUUAAUAGACAGCUAUUAAUUCUUAAAUAUAUCCUCUUACCUAUCUUUCCUUUACCUCCCAACCAGACAGAUAGAUAAAAGGAGAUUUGAAGGUAUCAUUGAAAAUAGUGGAUUAUGGAUAUCUAGAGUUGGAAGGCCUCAGAGGUCACCCAGUUCAAUGCAUACCUGAAUAAGAAUCCUUUGUACAAGAUAUCAGAGAAGUCAUUCAAUUUUUUACCAUAAGACCCUGAGUGAGGGGAAACCCAUUAUCUCCAAAGACAGUUCAUUACAUUUUUAGUUUGCUCUGACUGUUUGGGAAUCUGGUCUUUCAUUUAUUUUACCCUCUUCUCAUAUUCUUUUAUGUAACAUCUUUUGUGGCUCAAGUCUCUCAUUUGUAAAACAAUCUUAAUUCAUUGAAUAAAGGUAGAUUAAAGAUGUUAUGAGUUCUUUUCCCCACCUCAAUUCUACUUCUACAAACAGAAGAGAAAAUUAAGGCAUAUUUCAAAGAAAACUUACCAAAAAUAUAUGCUGAAUGUGUAAAGGGAGAUCUUUUAUCCAGAAAUCAGGAAUAGCCAAUUUGAAUAAAGAAGUACAAGUAGAAGAAACAGUGAAGGGUGACAAUAUAAUAUACAGAUAUUAACUUCUGGCCAUAAUGUCUAGUUCUUUAUUUUACAGAUGCAGAAACAUAAGAUGAGAGAAUAAAUGACAUUUCCAAGAUCACAGAGAUUGUACAUGGCCAAGACAGGAUUUGAACUAUGAUCCUUAUCACUCCAAAUCUAGCAAUCUCUCCACUGUUCUACUUAGUUAGGAGUAGAAGGAUAGAGAACAAUCAAUGAGCAUUUUUAAAUAUGUGUCAUCUGAUAGAUACUGUAUUAAUCAUAUUAUAAAUACAAAGAAUUAAAUAUUUACUCUCAAAAAAUUUAUAGUCU